AUGUCGAAAGUCAAGGUCAGAAUAAUUUGCGUCUCCGACACUCACAAUCACUCACCGCGUGAAGGAUAUAAACUGCCCAAGGGAGACGUCUUGAUCCAUGCUGGAGACUUCACAAACCAAGGCAGCCUCGCAGAAGUGAAGAAAGCAGUCGACUGGAUUUCGAAGGCUGAUUUCGAGGCGAAAGUGAUCGUAGCAGACCCCGAUUACGCAUUGAAGCACAAGAGCGGCUGGGGUGUAGUACCCGCAGACGUCGAGGCCUGCAGGAACCUCGUGGUUGCUAAUGAUAAUUUCGUUUACCUGCAGCACGCGAGCGCAGUGAUACCGUUGCCUUCCAAAAGCACGCAUCUUCGUAUCUUCGGUUCGCCGUAUUCGCCAGACCGAGGACGACAAAAUUGGGCGUUCCAGUACGAAGAGAAUGCCGCGGAGUCAAUUUGGAACGCGGUGCCGGAAGAAGUCGACAUUUUGGUCACUCACACGCCUCCCAGGGGACUUCUGGAUGCGUCGAAACAUUGGGAAGAAGGCGGUUGUCCGGCAUUGAAGAGCGCCUUGUUGAGAGUACGGCCGUUGGUACACGUCUUUGGGCACUGCCACGAAGGCAGAGGAGCGACGGUUGUACAGCACAUCAAUCGUAGUGACAAUCCCACGCCAUCGAUUACGUGGGACGAUCCUGGAUCGCAAAGCAACAAGCAGAGCCUCUUGAAUCUAAGCCGCAAAGGACUUGACUUGCGCUCGGGUGAGCAGACUGCGCUGGUAAAUGCGAGUAUUAUGGCGACGUCAUUCCAUCGAGGCUCAAAAGCGUUCAACAAGCCAGUUGUUGUCGACAUCGAGAUCCCACUGCGAGAUGCAAGAACAGCGAGCGGAAAUGCGGAAGCAGCUGGUGUGGAAUGA